ACACCGAAUCAAAACAAUCGUAGCGCGAGUUUUAAAAUUACUUUUCUCGAUAAUUUCUAUUAAAAAAUCAGCUAAAAUGUUGAGUAACCAUGUGCUGAAUCAGCAAAAAAUAAUUCUUAUCAAGGACAACGUCGGCUUCGAAAACACCUGCUCCAAAAUCGUCCAAAGUUGGCUCAAAGAACAGAAAGGCCCCGAUGCGGUUCUCACCCAGGCACAAACCUGCUCCGAAUCCGCUCCCUUUCUACUUGCUCGCAUUUCCACCCUAUCGCGGAAGCACUCCCCACGUGAUCUGUUCCAAUUUGUAAACCGCUGCAAACAAACCGUAGAACAUCUCUUCCUCUGGUCUACAACAAAAAACCUCCCAUCAGAGUCGUUCCUCGUGCCAUAUCUGGAGCACAUGGCCGGCCUGGUGGUGACGUUCGAGGACGAGCGGCAUCUGUCGAUUCUGACGAAGAAAUCCGGCGGAUCGGUCAGCAACAAAAACUACCAGUACCAAACGGGUUUUUCCGUGAAGGAGGUUAAAAAGGACCAGCGGGCGAAGGAGGUAGCUCCGGCGGAACCGACCAUUGAUCCAGCUUCGCUGGGAACGUUCAAGAUUGGCGACUUGAAAAGGGAGGAACAGGAAGCGAAGGAUGCGCUCACGUUGCCGUUUGAGUUCUACAAAACAACUCCGGAAGGGGGCAAGGUGCUGUACCAUCCGGACGCCGAAGACGACCUCGACGAGGAGGAUCCCGAUGAUGAUUUGCUGAUAUAAAUGUUAUAUUUUUUUUUUUUUUUGUA